AUGCCGCGGUGUGGGGGUGGUGGCGCACGAGGGGUAGCCGGCCGACCUGCUGCAGCGGGAGCCAGCAGCAGCAGCAGCAGCAGCAGUAGCAGCAGUAGCAGCAGCAGCAACAGCAACAGCAGCAGCAGUAGCAUUAGCUGCAGUGGCAGCGGCCCUGCCGUUGCGGCAUCCUCGCGGCGGAAGUCCACAGCUGGAGUUACUCAGCAGCGGCAGCAGCAGCAGCAACACGAGCAGCAGCAGCAGCAGCAGCAGCGAGGUGCAUAUAUUCCUGGCUUAGCUUCAGUUGGGUCCCCCCAGGUCUCCGCAACGCGGGCUGGGCCAGGGCAGCAGCAGCAGCGCCAGCAGCAGCAGCAGCACGAAAGGCAGCAGCAGCAGCAGCAGCAGCAGCGCCAGCUUACUCAGCAGCAGAAGCAGCCACAGACGCCAGAGCAAAGACAGCAGCAGCAGCAGCAGCAGCAGCAAGCUGUACGUACACCUCAAUCUGGGGACCGUCGCCCUCGCAAUAAAGGCAGCAGACGCAGUGCAGCAGCAGCAGCAGCAGCAACACCUACUGCUGCAUCUGCAGCAGCGGCAACGCCGCCAAGGGCAGCAGCAGCAGCAGCUGCAAUACAGGGUGCAGCCACGCCCACAGUUUCCUCACCCGCCUGUAGCCAGCAUCAGCAGCAGCGGCAACAGCAGCAGCAGCAGCAGCAGCAGCAACAGCAGCAGCAGCAGCAGCAGCAACAGCUGGAUCAACAGCAACGGGAACGACGCGUGGAGGACCAGCAGCAGCGACAGCAACUGCAGCAAGAGCAACCGCACCAGCAGGUGAAUGCUUUCGAGCAGCAGCAGGUGUAUCAUUUCGGGCAGCAGCAGCUGCAGCAGCAGCAGCAGCAACGGUCGCAGGUACAUGAUUUCGAGGAGCAGCAGCAGCUGCUGAAAGCGCACAAUUUUGAGCAGCAGCGGCUUGAAGAGCAGCACGAGCUGCCCUUGAAUGACUACCGGCAGCAGGAGGAGCAGGUGCCAGAGCAGCAGCAGCAGCAGCAGCAGCAACAGCAGCAGCAGCAGCAGCAGCAGCAGGCGCAGCAGCAACAGGGUUUCGCUCCGCCAUCUGUGCAGCCCGCGUCUUUCCCCGAGCGUUUUUUUUUGUCUGCUGCUGCUGCAGCAGCAGCAGCACGGCGAGCUCCUCUCGGAGUGCCGGAGAGCAGCAGCGACAACGAAGCGCAUGCACAGGAGGGUUUGCUGCUGCUGCCGAGUGACCCUGUGGGGCCCCACACCGCUGCAGCGCCGCUGCUGCAGCAGCUGCCGCUGCUGCCCCGCUUCGGGCCCUCAGCUUUCCCCAAUUUCGAGGCUUCAAAGGCUCCAGUGUCUCCUCCCUGCGAGCUGCAGCGGGAAGCACAUGUACAGCGACUGCUGCUGCAGCUGUCACAGCAAGACGCGCUGCUGUACGAGCAGCAGCAGCAGCAGCAGCAGCGGCGCAGGUUCCCGCAGCAGCAGCAGCAGCAGCAGCCGCUCGCAGCAAGGCUCGUCGUGCCCGAGGUAGUCCAGGGACGGUACCACUCGCUGCUGCUGCUGGACUCGGAGGAGAGCUUGGAGCGGCAGCGGCUCGUGCUGCAGCAGCUGCAGCAGCAGCAGCAGCUGCAGCUGCCCUGCCUCUCCCUUGCAUGCGGCUACCCCACAGUUUGCUUCAAAGCUCUUUGCCUCGAUGACCCCCACGCCUAUGUCAUUAGGCUCAUUGCAUUUUACCCCAUUUCUUCUUUUGACCUAGUCAAGGCAGCAGUGCAGCGGUGGGCGCCGGUGUCUUCGUCUCACCCGAACUUAGUGCCGGUGCGCCACGCAAUAGCAACAGCAGAUUUGUCUGCAUGCAUGUCGAGUUUGUUUGCUGCUGCUGGCAGCAGCAGCAGCAGCAGCAGCAGCUGGAAGGGCUUCUGCGGCGGCGGCGGCGCUGCAGCAGCAGACAGCAGCUCCGAGAGCGACGGCGAGGGCGGGGGCCUGGGCCUGCUGCGGGGCCGCAGCAGCAGCAGCAGCAGCAGCAGCGUGGGCUUUGUCUCCGACUAUAUUCCCAACGCCUACACUUUAGAAGAAACUUUUGUCUCCGGAGAAUCCAAAAAUGAAACUAUUAAUGAAAUAACUCUUUGGAAAAUUAUUCUUCAAAUUCUUCUCGCGCUGCAGCACAUACACUCCAACCAGCUGGCUUACGGGGCCCUGCAGCCGUCCAAGGUCCUCCUCUCCCACCGGCUGCGGGUGCGCCUCAGCUGCUGCGGCAUCCUGGACGCCACGCUGCAGCAGCAGCAGCAGCAGCAGCAGCAGCAGCACCAUCAGCAGCGCGCCGCUGCUGCUGCUGUAGCGGCAGCGGCGGCUGUCGCAGCUGCAGCGAAUGUCCCAGGAGGAAUCCCACCCGCUAGCAGCACUGCAGCAGCCGCAGCAGCAGCUGCUGCUGCUGCUGCAGAAGAGACUUUGGAAGAAAGGCAGCAAAGAGACCUGAUGCUGCUGGGCAAGCUCAUCCUUACCCUCGUCUGCGGCAGUGCAGCCGCGUCAUCUCCGACAGGGGUGCGGGAGCUGAUGGGCCGUUGCUGCUACAGCAGCGAGCUGAAGUGUCUGUGUCUGAGUCUGCUGUGGGGGCCCUCCGGGGGGGCCCCCCUGUGGAGCGCGGGGGCGCUGCUGCAGAGCUACGCGGGGCAGCUGGUGCCGCUGCUGCAGCAGGAAGAGGCGCUGCUGGACGGGUACGAGGCGCUGCUGUUCCGCGAGCUGAGCCGCAGCAGGCUGCUGCUGCUGCUCUGCAAACUGAACUUUGUUGCUGCGCGGGGGCCCCUGGGGGCCGACAGCAGCUGGGGAGAAGUUGGAGACAGAUAUAUUGUGCGGCUCUUUAGAGACUAUUUGUUUCUGCAGCAGGGGCAGCAGGGAGAGCCCGUGCUGGACUUGGGCCACGUGCUGCAUGCAAUGCACAAGUGCGACUUGGGGGCCCCCGACACUUUGCUGCUGAUGGCUCCCGACGCAGCCAACAGUUUGCUGCUGCUGUCUUACCGCGACGUCAAAAACGCCAUUGACAAGAGCUUCAGGGACCUCGUUGCUGCUGCGCUGCAUGCGCCCAGCCCUGCUGCUGCUGCUGCGGCCCAGCCCCACGCGCACCCGCAGCCCACCAGCCCUCUCCACAGCCCUCCAGAAGCUGCUGCUGCUGCUGCUGCUGCUGCAGCAGGACGCCCCAACACGCUCCAUGCAUACAGCCCCGUUCACCACGCGCCCAUGGGGGGCCUCUAUGUGCCCCAGCAGCAGCAGCAGCAGCACCAGCAGCAGCACCAGCAGCAGCACCAGUACAGCCCGCCCGUCAACUGUGUAGAAGCCACGUCGCUCUACAGUCCCCCGCUGCAGCCGCUGCAGCAAGUGCUGCAGCUGCCCGCGCAGCAGCAGCUGCAGUACCCGCAGGACCAGCAGCAAGGCUGCUACAAUCCGUACAGCUGGCAUGUGCAGCCCUAA